UAGCUGUGUUGUCGUGGCGUGAGUGAUUUCAAUUACCUCACCAUCGUCCUCUCUCACGUUCUGCCACUAAACUAAAAUAACUCUCACUUGUACUUUGCUUCUGGCUUGGCGUGGGGCUGGCGUUUGUGGAGUGCAUGAUCCUACUUAAAUUUUGCAUGGAAGUUUUAUAAUUGUGAGAAUUUUUUAACAACAGUUGGGUGUGUUGAUAGAUAUUGAAAACGGGAAGAAAACGUAUUGUUCGUCAUCAUCACUGGAAUCACGCAUCUAUUUCUGGGCAGAGUUAACAAUACUUAUUGAACAGAGUUGAACUCGUAGUCAGGUUUUAACCGAAAAAGUUAAGAAAGAUUAGAGAAAAAUUCAAUAGUUUCAGCAUAUACAUCAGGAAAUUAUCCAAAGGACAGCUUUACAGAGCAAUCACAUUUAAAAAGUGCAAAACCCAUCUCCACCAAUAUGAAGACAGAGUAUGGACAUCGGGCGCUAGCCACUAUUUCUGGGAUUAUCGGACUUGGCGUGUUGUUGUCCUCGACGGUAUACCUGAUUCAAGUCGUUGGCUACCAAAAUCCAGGGCUUUUGUAUGGGGGCUAUGUCCCUGGUGGGGCUGACUACUACAACGCGUCCUACAAUUUAUUUGGCUACCAGUUCAACCCGAUCAUUGCCAUCGCCUCGGUGGGUGUGGUUAUUGGUGCACUCCAGUUCUUAUCGGCCUUUGCGCUAUGCUGCACCUCCAGAUUUUCAUGGGCUUCGGUGGCAUGGAUCUUACUCCACGUGGUGCUUUUAAUUGCAGCAAUAGUCGCAAUAUCUCUGGGCUUCUACUACGAAGUUUAUCUGUACCUCUACCCUGCAAAUGGGAUUUACUAUGAUGCUAAUACGGGUUUUCUCGCACCAAAUGGUAACCCAAGGUUGAACGGGUAUACCGGAUAUAACAAUGCACUGUAUGGAGGUGGUGGGUACAAUACACCUCAGUUCAACGGAUUUAAUUCUGGGAUAAGGAAUUUGUUUGGAUAUAACGGAUACUAUAAUCCCAGUGGACAAGCAUAUCUUGCCUUUCUUGGGAUUGAUAUUGUUUUUCUGCUUGCGGGAAUAUUAGUUGUGGGAUGUACGGCUCGGAGGGAGCGGUAUCAAACGGAUAAGUAUGACUCCAAAUUGUAUCAUCAUCGCAACGCGAGCCCUGCCACCACAAGAAUGUAAUUUGUACGAAAUCGAGAUGAUGCUAAACCUGUCAUAAUGAUUGUGAAUAUAUAACACUUUAGGUUUAUAAUUACAAAUGCAAUAAAACUUUC